AUGUACUACCAAUCGAAUGUAUCAAAUAUUUCGAAGUGCGACAAAAGCAAUCAUUUGGCUCAUUUUGUAUUUUUAAUUAGUACUGCAAGCGCAAUCAUCCAAACCUUAUGCGCAGAAAGAUUAUUAUCAAUUACACCGUGUGCCUAUCCGUUACUGUCGGAUACAAUUCAUUGUGGCAUCGAUGAUGCAAAUUUGAGGAAAAGUGUUCGAGUAUGUGACCCUGAUAAGGUGAUUAGCAUGUCAGAAAUAGAAGUUAUCAAAAACAAACUCGACAGUAUAUACAAUCGUAAAAACAAAUCUUGUAUUUGUGCAUCUGAUCAGGAAAAGCCAUGUUGGUUCCGAUUUGGCUUUGCAUUUUUAAGGCGAAUGUUUCCAGUGGAAUCUGGUGUUUCACACCUGUACAGUCGUGAAUUUUGUCCAACCAAUAAAACAUUGUUGAGUUACAAGAAAAGUUAUACAUUAAUGGAUUCGACAAGAGAAUCGAUAAUAAAUUACGGUAAAAAUUUUGCACGUUUAUUACGUGAACGUUGGUUAAUGGGUGAAUGUGACGAGGACAUUCUGUUUUUUAUCUUACUUAAAAGGCCAAAUCAGCUUAUGCGUAGGAGCACAUUAUCGUAUUUAGCAUCCGGAACAGCACAGCAAACACCGUAUAUUUUUGCAUCAUACGGUUCAUUGGUUCGAGAAAAGAUUGACCCCUUCCAUUCACUGCCAAAUAAUGACCUCUCGAUGAAUCAGCAACAACGACAACAUUACUUCGAUCCAUUGCAAGAAAUUAUUGAAGCAGAAAAUAUAAAUUUUGAAAAUGGCUAUUCCUUAAAAGUGGUGACAGAAAAUCUGUUGGAUCGAUUUGAGGCAACGCUCUCUCAAGAAUAUACGUUGCCACGUGCUCGAAGUCAUAUACCGGACUGGGCAAUGAUUGUAUUUAUCAUAUGUGCCUUGCUUUGUCUUCUAAUGACAGUCGGUUUGUGUUUGAUGCAAACGUCGGUGCGACGCGGAUCACCGCGCGGUAAGCCGGCUGAUACGACGAGGAGAUGGAAGGCCGGAUUCGUUGGCGGUAUGUGGUAUGAUGUGUACAGAGAUAGGCUUAUCAUCUUGUAG